UCUGCACAGUUCUCAACAAUCUUCGGCAGGGAGACUGAGAGUGACCCCAGGUUCCAGCGGUGUUUUCUGAGCUCCGCUUGCACGGUGCCCAGCCUGGUGGCGUGGCUCCCUAGCCGCCCUGGGCAGCCCCUUGGAGCCGGGAGGCGGCAGCCUGGGCCGGCCUGAAGUCUGGAGCGCCCCGAUGGAAAUACACUGUAAGCACGACCCGUUUGCAUCCAUGCAUAGACAUGGAGGAGUGAAUCAGCUUGGGGGGGUUUUUGUGAAUGGACGGCCACUCCCGGAUGUAGUCCGCCAAAGGAUAGUGGAACUUGCUCAUCAAGGUGUCAGGCCCUGCGACAUCUCCAGGCAGCUUCGAGUCAGCCAUGGUUGUGUCAGCAAAAUUCUUGGCAGGUAUUAUGAGACAGGAAGCAUCAAGCCGGGGGUAAUCGGAGGAUCCAAACCAAAGGUUGCCACUCCCAAAGUGGUGGAAAAAAUUGCUGAGUAUAAACGCCAAAAUCCCACCAUGUUUGCCUGGGAGAUCAGGGACCGCCUGCUGGCAGAGCGAGUUUGUGACAAUGACACAGUGCCCAGCGUCAGUUCCAUCAACAGGAUCAUCAGGACAAAAGUACAGCAGCCCCCCAACCAGCCAGUCCCAGCUUCCAGUCACAGCAUAGUGUCCACGGGCUCCGUGACGCAGGUGUCGUCAGUGAGCACGGACUCAGCUGGCUCUUCAUACUCCAUCAGUGGCAUCCUGGGCAUCACUUCCCCCAGUGCUGACACCAACAAGCGCAAGAGGGACGAAGGUAUUCAGGAGUCUCCAGUGCCGAAUGGUCACUCCCUCCCGGGCAGAGAUUUCCUACGGAAGCAGAUGCGAGGAGACUUGUUCACGCAGCAGCAGCUGGAGGUGCUAGACCGAGUAUUUGAGAGGCAGCACUACUCAGACAUCUUCACCACCACGGAGCCCAUCAAGCCUGAGCAGACCACUGAGUACUCAGCCAUGGCCUCAUUGGCUGGAGGGCUGGACGACAUGAAGGCCAACCUGACCAGCCCCACCCCUGCCGACAUUGGGAGCAGUGUGCCAGGUCCACAAUCCUACCCCAUUGUGACAGGCCGCGACUUGGCGAGCACGACCCUCCCCGGGUACCCUCCACACGUCCCCCCUGCUGGACAGGGCAGCUACUCAGCGCCUACACUGACAGGGAUGGUGCCUGGGAGUGAGUUUUCUGGGAGUCCCUACAGCCACCCUCAGUAUUCUUCAUACAAUGACUCCUGGAGGUUCCCCAACCCAGGGCUGCUUGGCUCCCCCUACUAUUAUAGUGCCGCUGCCCGAGGAGCUGCCCCACCUGCAGCUGCCACCGCCUAUGACCGUCACUGACCCUCGGAGCCAGGCAGGCGCCAAGCACUUAUGACACAUAUCAUUGAGGGAGAUAGCCUCCCAGCACCCCCAAGACAGCCGUGGGGGUGUCCAACAAGACCAUCCCCCAGCAACCCCUCCACUCACCUGAAACUCCCUCCUUCCCCUUUUCCUGCCAGGCCUGCAGGUUCUCUGGUAGGGCUGUUGUCGUAUGGACCCUUGCCCAUUUCAAGAGUCAAUCGAUGAGCUUCUCCCAGUGGUGACAGGGUCUCUGCAAACCAACAGAAUGCUCUGCAGAACACUGCAGCCCAGCACAGACUACCAGUCCCCCAGGUCUGACAACCUGUGCGUCUUGGCCACAAAGCUUGGGGAGGAGAGCCAGCUUUUGUUACUUCAGCAGCACCCAUGUAAAUACCUUCUUGCUUGUCUGUGGGCCUGAGAGUCUGACUUAGCAGACUGCCCACCCCACGAUGCAUCUUGCACUCACAGUGCAUCACAGGACACCUGUGCGAAGAAUGUCCCCUCUGCCCUGGGUGCCCCCGUCAUAUGAGCUCAGAGCUGCCCUUGAGACCGAGGAUGCCCACAUCAAGACCCCAGCCCUCUACUCAUCCCUACUGCUCUAACAUCUUGACUGGGAGUCUCACUGGACAGACUGUGCUGUGAGCUGCCCCUGAGACUCCUCCAGGAAGGAAACACUUUGGGGAGAUGCCCUGAUUUCUUGUCUCCAUU